AUGACGCGCUACCAAACGGAGCCCGAGAAUCCCACCAAGUCCUGCAAGGCCCGCGGCAGCAACCUCCGUGUGCACUUCAAGAACACUCGUGAGACCGCUCAGGCCAUCAAGCGGAUGCCUCUUCGCCGUGCCCAGCGAUUCCUCAAGAACGUCGUUGUUCAGAAGGAGAUUGUCCCGUUCCGUCGCUUCAACGGUGGCGUCGGUCGCAAGGCCCAGUGCAAGGCCUGGAGCACUUCUCAGGGUCGCUGGCCCCAGAAGAGCGCCGAGUUUCUGCUGCAGCUGCUGCGAAACGCCGAGAGCAAUGCUGACUUCAAGGGUCUCGACGUCGACCGGCUUGUUGUUGAGCACAUCAUGGUGAACCGUGCGCCCAAGAUGCGUCGCCGAACGUACCGUGCCCACGGUCGCAUCAACCCUUACAUGUCGAGCCCAUGCCACAUCGAAGUGGUGCUCAGUGAGAAGGAACUGGUCGUCACCAAGGGAGAGGAUAGCGAAGCUCCCAAGAAGAAGCUCUCGAAGAAGAAGAUGGCUCGCCAAAAGCUUCUGAACCGCGAGUAA